UUUUUUGUUGAUUUUUUUUUUUUUUGGGAGGAAAAGCAGCAUAAAAGCUGGAAACGCAUCAAAGCUCAGCAGCCAAUGAACUUUUUGUAACUAUUGGGUCUUUGUCAAUGCAAAAAAGCGUAACGUGUCGUUUCUUUCUAUAUUUUCCCUUGAAUUUGUGCAGCAAUAGAAAAAGAUGACAGUGCCUCCGUACAAGUUAGAAUCCACUCUAAAGAACCACGAUCAAGAUGUAAAGGCUGUACUUGCCAUUAACGACAAUCUCAUUGUAUCGGCAUCUCGAGAUAAAACUGUACGAUCUUGGUCUCGUGUCAAUGCAAAUACUUUUGUACAAGAUAAAAUCUAUUUAGGACAUGAACACUUUGUAAACGCCUUGACUUUUAUACAACCUCAAGAAGCCUAUCCUCAAGGUUUGAUUGUCUCGAGUGGUUCCGAUAAACUGAUCCAUGUGUAUGCUCUUAAUCGCCCAGAUAAACCCAUGUAUACAUUAGUGGGUCAUGCUGGAAAUGUGGUUGCUUUGGCGACGACACCCUCGGGCUAUUUAGUGUCUGGCUCAUGGGAUAAGAAGGCUAUUGUAUGGAAAGAUUUUCAACAAGCUUAUAUAUUGGAAGGACACGCUGAAGCUGUUUGGGAUGUACUUGCUAUUGAUGAUGAUUUGAUAUUGACUGCGUCUGCGGAUGCGACGAUCCGUUUGUGGAAGAAUGGAAAGUUGGCUCAUGUGUAUCAAGGUCAUACGCAAGCAGUAAGAGGGCUCGCUUUAGUGCCCAACGUUGGAUUUGUGUCAUGUUCGAAUGAUGGAUCUUUAAGAGUAUGGACUUUGGAAGGACAGUGUAUUCAACAAUUAGAGGGACAUACUUCGUUUGUGUAUUCGGUCAAAGUGAUGGAUUCAGGCGAAUUUGUUUCCUCUGGUGAAGAUCGUACAGUGAGAAUUUGGAAAGAUGGUCAAUGUAUUCAAACGUUGCAGCAACCUUGUAUAUCUGUCUGGACAGUGGAUAUCCUACCCAAUCAUGAUAUCGUUGUCGGAGGCAGUGAUGCUGCUGUUCGUCUCUAUACCCGUGAAGCAGAGCGUAUGGCUCCUGUACAAACACAAAAGGAAUUUGAAGAAUUAUUAGCCAAUCAGGCCAUUCCUUCAAAUCAAAUGGAAGACAUCAAUAAAGAAAAGCUACCUGGCCCAGAAGCCUUGAAAAGCCCAGGACAAAAGGAAGGGCAAGUGAUCAUGAUAAAGACAGGAACAUCGGUGGAGGCACAUCAAUGGAGUAUGCAGAGUCAAAGCUGGCAGAAAAUUGGCGAAGUCGUGGGCAGUAGUAAAUCUUCCAAACAAACGUACGAAGGUCAAGAAUAUGAUUAUGUCUUUGAUAUUGAUGUAGGUGCUGGCCCCAACGGAAACUUGAAACUACCCUACAAUGUGACGCAAAAUCCUUAUGAUGCGGCACAAAAAUUCUUGUUAAAGCAUGAUCUACCUCCCUCUUAUGUGGACCAGGUCACGGAUUUCAUUAUCAAAAAUACAGAAGGCGUAAAACUUGGUAGCGGUUAUGCCGAUCCGUUCACCGGUGCUAACCGAUAUACUCCACAAGCAGCCAGUCCAGCUUCUUCCGCGGGAUCCUAUAUGGAUCCAUUCACAGGCGCAGGCUCUUACCGUCCAAAUACAACUACGACAUCUGCUUCGGCCUCUUACUCUGAUCCAUUUACGGGCGCUGGUUCUUAUAGACCUGCAGGAAAUGGAACACCAUCGACACCACCCACACAACCCAAAUUACUUCCUAUUAAAACAUACUUGGCAUUGAAACAAGCCAACCCUGAUGCAGUACUCAACAAAAUCCGUUCUGUCAACACAGAAAUCGAGAACAGUCUGAGCGACGACGAACUGACUGCCUUGACGUCCAUUGUAUCUCACCUCAAAACAUCCAGCAGCCAAGUAAAAGAUGUGGCAGGGUUACAGGUCAUUGUCAAAAUGGUCAGCCAAUGGCCCGUCCUUCAACGCUUCCCCGCGCUUGACUUGGUGCGUUUAAUUGUAUUGCAUGCGCCUUUAGAACUUUCAUCCGUUACACCACAGCAUGACCUUUUGCUGUUCCUCAAGGACUAUGGCGGUCUUUCCUCCAAUGUGGCGGAACCUAAUGAAACCAAUGCUAUGCUCGCUUAUCGUGCACUCGCCAAUGUGUUUCAACAAGAGGCAGGUCGACAACUUUUAUGGGAGAAACGCGAGAUGGUAGCAGAGAUGAUGCAAGUGGAUGUCUCUGGUUUAUACAAGAGCAAAAACUCUCGUUUAGCUGCAAGUACAUUAGCCGUCAAUUUUGCAGUUUUACUAUGUACAAAAGCAGAGGAUGAGAUAGGAUUAGGUUUUACUGGAACCUUGAUCGAAUUGUUAAAGGAUGAACAAGAGGAUGAGAAUGUUUAUAGAUUCUUGAUGGCACUGGGUACCCUGGUAAUGUAUCACCUACGUCUAUCCAUGUGUCUUGUGUACACGGAACUCACCAUGUACUCCAUUUCUGAUAGGUGUCGCAAUCCAAUGGCUGCCGUGAGGUAGCUAAAAUCAUGGAUGUUGCCAUUGAAAUCCAGCGUAUAAAAAAUGAAAAAUCCAGUCAAGAGCGUAUGCAAAAGGCAACAUCAGAAAUCCUUCAGUACUUGGCGUAGAAAACCUAUAGUGUAGCUCGUUUCUAUUCAGAAGAAUCAUUAUCUCACACGCACAUAUACAUAUAUACAAAAAAAAAAAAAAAAAAAAAGAA